UUUCUAAGAAAUUACAGUAAGCGGAGGAGCAGUACAUGUAAGAUAUUUAAGUAUAACUGUGAGAAAGCCAUUGAAGUUCCUUGGGAUUUUACUUUCUCUCGCUUUCUGGAAAGGCCAAAAGAAAGAAAACAACGAACACCACCAAAUAAAAAUUUACAUGAAAUCAUCGUUCACAAGAAGAAGAAGAACACUCACUUUCUCUUCAGAUCUAACAACAUCAGAUAACAUUUCUGAAAGGGUAACUUUUUUAUGUUUGAUGAUUGAUGGUUGUGAACUACGAAGAUCGUCUGAUUCGAUGCAACAGAAUAGCGGGUUUUUAUUAUUACCAUAAUUUUCCUGUGAAUAUGCGGAGGCUUUCAUCCUCUAAUUUUAGACAAAGUAAAUAACUUUGAUUUUAACACCGUCUUGUUGAAUCUAUGAUGGCGAAGAUCUAGAAGUUCAAAGUGUUGUUUUAGGUAUGAUUUUAGCCUUAAAGUUGUGGCCUUGAUUAUAUUUCAGUGGCCGGUAACGACGUUUAGUGGAUAUAGAAGAAUUUGGGGUUUUUUUUCUUUGUUAGACCGAGUUGAAUCGUUGAAUCAGUGCGUUUUGAUUAUCAAAAUUAAGGAAAGAAUGGAGACUCUUGUUGUGGUGGCGCAACAUAGGAAUCAGUACUGUAGCAGGGUGAAGCCACAUGGGCCAGCCCGAUUUGGGUCAUCACCAGGUAGAAAUUUUACAGGGAUUAACUGUAGGACUUUUCAAUCCGAAGCAGGAUUACUCCCAACCCCGUUUAAGUAUAGCUCUACUACUAUAACCAAAGGGGCAUCUACCCCUUCCUCUUCCUCAUCAUCAUCUUCCCCAAAUACAAAAUCUCCUUUUGCUAAUGGAACACACUCAACUACCAGGAAAUGCUCUCCUUUUCCUAUCAACAACAACAAAACCCCUAGAAAUGGUAAGCCUUUUGGUGAGGAGAUCUCUGGGGAAGUUUUUCUGUACUCUGAGCUUUGGGCUGGACCUGCUUAUUCCAAUUCACCACCGCCUAGCUCUUUGCCAAUACCCAAGUUCUCACUUCGUCUGAAGAGGACUGUGUCACUUGAUUUGCCUGCUGACCCAGUCAUUGAUGUUCAUCCAACUGCCAAGUCUGCGCCUGCAUCUCCUACCAGGGAGCUUAAACCUUCUGUAGCGGAACCUUUUGGUAGUGCUGACUCUGCGACUAAGACUUUACGUCGCAUUCUCAAUCUUGACAACACCGAUGACUGAAAAGAGUGAAGGGGCUUUUCAGCUCUUGUAAAUAAGUUCACUGUUCAAAUUGGAGUUAGUUUUAGAUUGUAUGUAGAUUGAAUAAGAAGAUUGGUAGCAUGGGUCGGUAUGAGUUUGUUUAGCUUUCUCUGUGCGUUAGUAUGAGAAAAAGUGAUGGCAAUGGUAGGUUGACAGUCUCUAGAAUUUGCUGUAUGAAUUGAUGCAUUGUGAGAGUUUUGUGCUGGUUAUUGAAAGGUUUGAUUUACAAGAUGCGCACAGUAUGUGAUGUAUGAGUUUUGUAAUCUUGGAUGGAAGAUGACUCAAGCUGUUCAGGAAGCUGAAGGGAGCUUACAUUAGAAUCAAAGAUUGUCUGCUCUCGUCCAUGGCAUGAAAUUGCAGAGAUGGCUGCCUUCUUAUCUCUUGGGCUUGAAUGAAACUAUGUGCUUGUUAUUUUACAACUUUACUAUAUAAAGUCCUUGGUGGUUAGUCUCAUUCCAGUUGUUGACUUUUAGCAUCUGACACAAUGUAUAUAGUGUAGUCUGUUGAAUCUCCUCUAAAUUGCUUUGCCAAGUUCCUUAGGUUUCUGUUAUAUUCUUUUUCUUAUCAUCUUUAUUUCCUAGGUCUCCAAUCAAUGUCCUUUGUUUCUAAUAGUCUAACUUUGGGUUAGUCGCUUUGUUUCUUUUUUUUAACCUUGCCUCAACUAGCCUGCUUAGAUGAUCUUUCUUUUUCUUGCGACUCUAUUCCUUUCUCCAUUAAUGCUUGAAUUGACUGCUUAACAAUCAAAUAUCCUAAAUAUACUCUUCUGUCUUUUGGUAAGGGUUUCUCUCCUCUACACUCUGUUAGGGUGUUUCUCCCAUCUUUUUCUGUUU